AAAAAAAAAAAAAAAAACUCACAACAAAUGUGACGCCAAGGCAACGUGAAAACAAUGUGAUUGAUUCAAAUUACACAGAAAAGAUACAACAGCAACAACAACAACAGCUAUAAUUUAAAGUGAACGACAAAAAAGAACAGCAAUGAUUUAUAAAACCAAAGUCAAAAAUAAAAAUGUACCGAAUUUGAUGAAAACUUAGGCACGAGUGAGCAACAAAAAGCGGCAAAAUGUGAAAAGAAAAAAAAAAUGACAAUCGAAAAACAAUGGCGUGAGAGGAAAAGGAAACGAAGUGCCUCCUUCACAAGAAAACCGCAAUACAGACAGUGACUAUUUUUUCUCCCUUUGCGAUUGUUAUGACAAUCGCCAUUCCCCAACCUCCUCUCCCGCAAAAAGAAAACGAAAAGUGCGAAUUAUAUGAUUUAAUGAGUUCUUCAAUUACGCUCGUACAUAUGUGUGUGUGUCUGUGUCCGAAUGCCCAAAUAAAACAGAAAAGAAUUCAAUACGUAUCGCAAAUGAUCGAAUGGUGGUGAUUUUACUAUUGCCGCCAUAUUCAACGAAUGGCUGUGAUGGAAGAAGUUCAAACGAUAGCAGUAGCCCCGCCUCAUCGACCACCUCAACUGGCGAUACUGCCAUACCAACUGCCACCUAUGCCGGCCGUCGUUUGUCCAAGACGGCGGCGGUGGAAGACCACAACAACAACAAUAGAACAACAUAUGGAUUAUAUUACGCAACUAGCCCACCAUUGCAAGCACCAGCACCAGCACCAUCCACAUCAUCAUCACCAACGCCUCCCGCAGAUACUCCCGCAUAUGAGUACAACACAAAUGCAGACGAAGCGAAUAACACUAGUCAUUAUCACUGUUUUCAAUCGCCAGCUUCUAUAUCGCCACCUCCGCCACCACUGCCCCAAAGUAAUCCACCGUAUUAUGCUCCUUACUGUUUCGGUGGGGAUAGAGGUGGCGGGGAAUGGUAUCAAUACCUCCACCCGCAGCAGUUGCAGCAACCGCCCGAGCCCAAAAUGUGUAAUGCUGUACCCAAACCUCCACGUUUUCGAUCACAACAAACACUGGAAACCAUACCGGAGCAUGUCUCCGACACUGCUGCACCCACCACGGUGCCGGCAACAGCUUCACCUGCAACCAAAUUGUUCUCAGCCUCGAUCAGCAGAAGCUGCUGUGACCCACCCAAGAACUUUCCACCCCCUAUCACUUGCAAUAAUUCUAAUUUUUAUACUAACACUACUAACUAUGUGCGACACGUAACCCGUGUUAAUUUCUACGAUGUCGAUACUUCCCAGGUCGAGUACGAAUCUAGAGACUACGAUGGCGAUGGUGAUGCCCAAAAUAAGGACAACUGUGAUCUGGACGACAACAAUGAUUGUAAUAUAGAAGCUGUAACCAAAGAAGAAGAAUGGGUAACGAAACGUAAAACCGAACUUACAACAACACGUCAAAUUGAAACCCAUGUCAAGCGGUCGAUACGUUUCGAAGAUGGAAAAGUUAUUGAAGAUUCUGGUCCCAUAGUAUCAACAAAUACCACAGAGGAUACGGAUAAGCAGGAAACUGAAACAACAGAGAAACACGAUUUGGGUACGCCUGUAUCCAAUCUCAAUGCAGUGGAUGGCAAAACCAAAGGUGCUUUGCCACCAGGACCGGGUGGAAAUGGAGAACUGGCUGAAUUAUCUAGUGCAGGGGGGACCCUGGUGAAAAGUAUGGUACCCAAACCGGCUGAUGGUCUGGUGAGAGAGAUCAAUGACAAACGUGUGGUAUCCCAUGAAGAAACAAAAAAUUACACCGAAGUCGAAGACGUCAAACACCGCGGCGACUUUUCCGAUGAGGCCUUUGUAAAAGCCGUUACCAGUGGUGUGGAGAACGUCGAGGAGGUACUUCUGUCAGCCGAAUACCAAAAGCAAUUGGUUCCGACUGGACCCCGGCUAAUAGCGGACAAAACAAAGUCUUUCAAAACCAUCGAUUCAGAGGACGUAGUCAAGCGUUCGCUAGCCCAAGAGGAUGGCAAGAUCAUAACGGAACAGAAGAAAACCACAGAACAUGAGAUAAUUGUGGACGACGAAUUGUCCGGCGACGACAAAUCACUUGGGAGUCAAGAACGCAUCAAAACUAUUGAAGCCAACCAGAGAUUUUUCAAGCAACGUGAUGAGCAACAUGUCGAUCUGGUCAAAGAUGGUAAAGUAGUAGGCACUGAAAUGAAAUACGCCGCCGAAACCAUGCAAAUGGAAAACGAUGAUAUGUUGGAACGUCCUGACGAUUGGGAUAGUUUAUCAGAUCGUAUACGAAAAAUGCGUAAGCCCUACAACAAGUCUUUAAUGCAACACCCCAAAGCCGGCGGCAUUUUGAUGGACCGCAAAGAUGCCCUCACCAAAAGACCUUUGGACUUUGACAGAGAAGAAGAGACCCGCAAGGGGGAGACUAUUAAAUGGCUGGAAUCACAUUUCGGCAGUGAGUCAACGGCCUCCAAUGAUUCUCGCGAAGAAGAGGCGGACAUCAUUGAGCCCACCAAGAAAACCUACUUCAACGUUACCAUCAAAUCCAACCAGAAUCAGCAGACCCCAACGACCAACCCUCCAUUUGAGUCUGCGGACAAAAAGCCCUAUGUCAAACGCAGUGUUGACGGAAUGAAUGGUAAUGCUGGCGGCGGAGGUGUCAGUAGCAUGGCCAGCAAUGGCGCUAAGUAUUAUCAAGGCAUCUCUAAUUGGAAUAAUCGCAAAGACUCACAACCCACAGCCACCGCCACUACACCUGCCAAUCACUUUGCCUCAAAGGCAUUUCGUGACGAUCUCCAUGCCUCGAUUGAACGCAAUCAGCUGAGGAAAACCAGUGCCGUGUACGCCUCAAAGGAUAAUUUGAAUCCCGAUAAACCGCCAUAUGUCAAAUCCAACCCCAACGAUAGCUAUGUCAGCCGUGAAGAUAUUUUGCAACAGAAGAGACAAAGUCUCUCCUCCCAGUUCUUGGCUAGGUCUAGGCAGAAUUCCCGUGAUCAUCUAGAUAUUGACGGAGAGAAAAAUGGCCCACCUGUCUAUGAUGAUGAUCGCUACAUAAGCGGCUCUCGUACAGACCUCCAUUAUGGUUUAAACCUCAAGGAGAAAGAUAAACGUAGCUAUACACGGGCGGAGGUAAUGGAUGAGCCCGAUUCGCCACUGCCUCCGCACAAAAAUUCCUAUGUCGAAGAACGUGCCAAAAGUUACGAACGAUCGUUUGUGGAGAAUAAUCGCUUUAACUCCUUAAGAUCGGACAAAACUCCUCCACAGCGCGAAGUGUCAACCCUUGAAAGACCAGCCGUGCCCCAGCGGCGCCGCAAUGGAGAAAAGAAAUUGCGCCACAACGAGGUGGUGGGAGGUUCCAGCGAGCUUAAGACCACCAUAGAGAUAGCUGUACCACCUCCAGACUAUUCGCCACCACCUCGUAGCCGAUCUUCCUCGCCCCGUGAAGAUUAUCACAAUGUUCGGGCCAAGUCUUACCCCCAUCAACUGUACUCGAACUCCAAUAUGGGCGAGCACGGUAUAGUGCGAGAGUCUAGCACUUUAAUGCGGAAACAAAAUCAAAGGACCCGUUUUGCUCGCAACACUCCCUCGCCUCCUCCAUCGGCCGGUAUGCAGCAUCAUCCCCACCCAGGCCACCACAAUCAAACCCUUAGGCCGAGCAUGUUGACACAAACAACACAGACAACGCCAUCCACAAUAUCCACGUCGACUGUGGCCUCCAACCGCUCCAGCAAGGUUGGACAGGCCAUAGGCAAUUCUUUGCGCAAACUGGUGGGGAAACUCCGAUCAGCCAGCGUGGAACGUAAAAUGCGCAUGAAAUCAAAAUCCAAGUCAAGGGAUCAUUCUCCCGCUCCGCCGGCCGCAACAACUGCAGCCACUAAUCAAAGAAAUCUUGCUACCUACCAGCAAUACAAUGUAAUUGAUGGACACAUUGGUGGUAACCACAUAAACAACAACAACGCCACCACCACAUCCCAUGACGAAUCGGAGGAGGAACUCUCCACCCAUCAAAGAAUACAAUACCAGGCUAGCAAAACGGGCGAAAGUGUGUACAGUAACGCUAGUGUCGAUAGACGUGCCCUACUCCAUUCCGCAGCCUCCCACCCGGUGGGGGCCAAUAAUCGUGAUGGCUAUCGCGUGAUUAGUCCCAAACAACGUUACUAUUUGGGUGAGGAUCCCUACUCAAGCACCCUGUAUGGGAAGGAAAAUAUUCAGGACAGUGCCAAAUUGCAACGCAAUGGGGGUACUCCAACAAUAACGACCCACUACAACAAUCGUGACAAUGUGACAUCGGCUCAUACUCUUGGUCGCUAUCAAAAAGGAAAUCACCGUAUUAGUGGGUCAACACCCAAUUUGAAUCAAGGCUAUCGCACAACCCAGACGUUACCGAGAAAACUCAAUGAGCAGCCUCCGGCAGUUCACCAGUAUGAGACACAAACCAUGAACAUAAGCCGUUCCAAUGCCACAGGCAAAGUACAGAGUAAGGUUCGUCAGCAGCAACAGCACCAGCAGCAGCAGCAGUUGGAGCAACGUAUUGCCUAUCAGCCCAUUACCCAAAACACAGGACCCCUAAAGCCUGCCCGAACCUAUGCCAAGUCGCUGAAUCGUAGCAAAAGCUUCAGUGUGCAUGCCAUGAAUGGCAGCAAUGACCCUAGUCCCAUUUAUAUGGAAAAACUCAAUAGCAAUCAUUACAACUACAACAUAAACAACAACAGCAGCAAUCUUCAGUCUAGCCAUGCAUUCAAGUCAAAUCCCCAUCUCUACUCGAGCUCCAAAGAGAAUUCGUUGCAGCAGACUCCCCUCAAGAGUCCAUCCAUUGUCAAUCUGAUAAGUCGAAGUCAAAGGGACUUGUCGAAACUUGGCACUAACGAAGAUGAAUCGGACCAUUAUGGCGAACGACAAGGCUACACGAACAACCGAAAAUACUAUGAGGAGCGCAAGGCUACGCCACCUUAUCGAGCAGGAUCGCACAUAGACGAUGACUACAAAUAUCGUUCACCCGGCCACUAUCACCUGCAGGCUAAAUCCUCGCUGGACUCCCGCGGAGGUUCGGUGGAGAUCAACAAGGACACGGCUAGCAUCAUUAGGCACGAGGAGUACCUGCGAACAAAGAGAACACCUGCUGCUGGUUCGACCAUUAUCAAAGUGCGCAACAUGGACUACCGCAAAUGAUGAAAGGAACUAGAUUAGUCGAAACUUCCAUACCAUGCAUCCAUCCAUCCAUCCAGCCAGCCAACCAGCCAGCCAGCCAUGCAUCCAUUCAUCCAUCGGCUUUAGUUUCAUUUGACAUGUUAGCAAAUAAAAAUCCAAAGCCAUACGAAUCAUCAACAUCGGAAUCUGAACUUAACGUUAUCUGUAGUAUACACCUAUGAUUACUUACUAAUGCACGAGCACACAUUUUUAGUUAUUUUUAAUUGCACCUAAACAUGUGUCGCAACCACAUCCAUCCGCCCACAUACACAUUCGCAUCUGCAUCCGCAUCCGCAUCCGCAUCCUGCUGACACGCACACUUCCAUGAUUUUCCUUUAAUGUUAAAUUAAAUACAAAAGUGUACUUAACAUACAAUUAUUAAAUUAAUAUAAUAUGCUUACAUACCACAUACAAUACAUUUGAAAAUACUUAACUAUUAAUGUUGUUUAUAGUGAAUUAAAAAGAAAAAACAAAAACAAAACAAAACUAUUAUUAAUAUUGUAUUACUUCUCUGUAGGUAGUUUGAAACUGCAAAAUUGCAACAAUAAAUAAUUUAAUUAAUUAAUUAACAACAAAUAACUACAAAAACAAAAACAAGUAAUUCGUGACUACAUACUAAUCUAUAUAUAUGUAUACACGCACACACCCUUUUAUUUGUUAAUUAACAUUACUUGUAUUUACAAUUAUAAAUUAAUAACAUUACCAACAUUCGUAGUGGUUAUCGAAUGCAAUAAAGUGCCAAAACUUAAUAACUGUCAAAAUAAA